CUCAUAGGAAACAAAUUGUCCGGCGAAAUCCCGGAUCAGAUCGGAAAUCUUCAGAAGCUCACCGUGCUCAACCUCGCUGAUAACGAGAUCUCCGGCAAGAUCCCGGCAUCUCUGGUGUGUCUCUCCGAUUUACGGCAUCUCGACUUGAGCAACAACAAGCUCACCGGAAAAAUGCCCAACGAGUUCGGGAACAUGAAGAUGCUGAGUCGAGCACUACUGAGUCGAAACCAGCUAACAGGGACGAUUCCGUGUUCAGUGACCGGAAUGUACAGGUUGGCAGACUUGGAUCUGGCCAUGAAUAGGAUCUCUGGUACGAUACCGGAGCAGAUGGGGAAAAUGCCUGUACUAUCAACCCUGACCCUAGAUGGUAACAUGCUUGUGGGUGAAAUACAGGUGUUGCUGGGUAAUCCCGGGUUGGGUAUCUUGAAUCUGAGCAGAAACGGGUUGGAAGGAAACAUACCGGAUGUAUUUGGACCGAAAUCGUACUUCAUGGCGCUCGAUUUAUCGUAUAAUAAUUUGAAAGGUCCGGUGCCUAAAUCUUUAUCGUCGGCGAAGUAUGUUGGUCACUUGGAUCUGAGCAAUAACCAUCUGUGUGGGCCGAUUCCGAUGGGAACCCCGUUCGACCACCUUGAAGCGUCGUCGUUUUCUAACAACGAUUGCCUUUGCGGAAACCCCUUGAGAACCUGCUAAUAAUUUUUUUGAAAGACAAACGUCGUCGUUUAAUUCUGCUUUUGGGGGAAAAAAUAUAAUCCAAAGUGUGUUUAAUUAUUGUUUUAAUUUAAAUUAAAUGUAAUUUACUCUUUAUUCUAAGGGUAGUAAUGUAUUAUAAGUAAAUUAGAAUAAUUUGGUAAUGUGUUUGAUUGAUGGAUUAUUAUUAA